UUUUUAACUUGUGUGCAACAAGAAAGGAGGGAUGAAGCUGCAACUUUUGAUCGUUUGUGUUUUGAUGUAUUUGGUUCGAACCAAUCAACAAGAUGGGGAAAAACAGCAGAUAACAGAGGGAGUUGAUCUAAGUGACUUGAGUUACACUUACAAUGUUUCUCUGUAUGAAGAUGAACCAUCUACUCCUUGCAGUGUAACUGCGCCUGGAUUUAAUAGCCUUGGCCUGAUGAUCACCUUCAUGGUCGUGUUUGUCCUCAGCCUGUUGGGCAACAGUGUAGUUGUCUAUGUGGUGUGUUCUAUGAAGAAAGGUAGAGCCAGCACAGAUAUCUACUUGAUGCACCUGGCGAUGGCAGACCUUCUCUUCUGUCUUACCCUCCCGUUCUGGGCCGUCAAUGCUCACUCUGGUUGGAUCUUCGGCAACUUCCUGUGCAAACUCCUGUCGGGCUUCCAGGAGGCAUCGGUAUACGGUGGUGUCUUCUUGCUGGUGUGCAUCAGUGUUGACCGCCACUUUGCCAUUGUGAGAGCUACACGUGUCCUGACCUCCCAUCACCUGUUGGUGAAAGUGGUGUGCGGUGUGGUGUGGCUGGUGGCUGGAGUGCUGUCCUUACCCGUGGCAAUUCAGAGGGAGAGCAUGCAUGUUGAUGACCUGGGCCGAACCAUUUGCUAUGAAAACCUAACCGGUGAAAGCAGUGACCACUGGCGUGUUAGUCUGCGUGUCAUGCGCCACCUUGUGGGCUUUUUCCUGCCACUGGUGGUGAUGACUGUCUGCUACGGCUGGAUCCUGGUGACACUGUUCCACGCACGCAAUCAACAAAAGCAAAAGGCCAUACGUGUCAUCCUGGCAGUGGUGUCAGCAUUCGUUCUGUGCUGGCUGCCUUAUAACAUCACUGUCCUGAUUGACACACUCAUACGAGGCAGAACACUUCCAAUGGAGACAUGUGAAACUCGCUAUACAGUGGAAAUGGUGCUAGAUGUGACCCAAGUGUUGGCCUUCAUGCACUGUGCAGUGAAUCCAGUGCUGUACGCCUUCAUUGGGGAGAAGUUCCGUAACCAGCUGCUCUUAGCUCUUUACAAACACGGGAUCAUCAGCAAGAGGUUCCUGGUGGCUUACAAGAAGGGAUCAGUCAGCAGUGCAGGGAGCUUAAGAUCUAGAAUCACCUCUGCUUCCAUGUAAAAAAAA